CAACAUUCAUGGGACACAACAAAAUCGCUCCCACACAAACAAAGCAAGAGAGGAUGUCGUGGUGGGUUGCUGGUGCGCGUGUGGGCAGCGGGAAGCUGCCGGUUCUGGCGUUGAGGAGAGGAGGGGUCAGGCUUGGUGUUGUCGCUGGUGCGGCUGCCACGGCAUCAACAAGGGCGAUCCGUGCCUUUACCUCGUUUCCAUCCGACACACCAGUUGACGCGCUUGUGGCACGUGUGCAGGAGGAACUGGCGGCAAUCUACCCUCGCGCGCAGCAGGUACACGAUGGAGCACAGGCAAGCUACAUUCCGGAGCUGGAGAAGGUCAACCCGGAGCUGUUUGCCAUCGCCCUGUGCGGGCCCAACGGCCACUUCUGGAGCAUCGGCGACGCCACCAUCCCGUUUACCCUGCAGUCGUGCGUCAAGCCAAUCCUGUACAACGUGGCACUUGACCUUGCAGGAGAGCGCGUGCACGACCACAUUGGGCAUGAGCCGAGCGGCAAGCGCUUCAACGCAUUCGAGCUCGAUGAGAACCACAAGCCACACAACCCCAUGAUCAACUCCGGUGCCAUCAUGGCCUCUGCCCUCAUCCGAUCCCAAUUUACACAGAAGGCGGAGCCCUACAAUGCACUGCAGGCGUUCACGGAGCGGGCCAUCGGCAAGAUGUCACCGGUCAACUUCAACAACAGCGUGUAUCUGUCCGAGCUUGGCCACGCCGCGCGCAACUACGCGCUGACCUACUUCAUGCAGGAGCACAGCGAGCUUCUCAAGCACACGAGCGUGGAGGAGGUGCUGCACCUCUACUUCCAGGCGUGCUCCAUGUCCACAGACGUCAGGGGCCUGGCUGUUCUCGCGGCUACGUAUGCGAUGGGCGGCAUGUGUCCCAUCACCAACGAGCGCGUCAUGGAUCCGCACCACGCGCAAGCCGCCCUCUCGCUCAUGUACAACUGCGGCAUGUACGACUACAGCGGGCGGUUUGCGUUUGAGGUUGGCAUUCCCGCCAAGAGCGGCGUGUCUGGCGCCCUCUUCCUCAGCGUCCCGGGCAAGCUUGGCAUCGCCAUCUACAGCCCGCGCGUGGAUGCCCUUGGCAACACUGUCCGCGGUCUCUAUGUUGCUGCGCAGCUCGUCAGGGCCAUCCCGGAGCUGCAUGUGUUCAGCACCACGCGCCUCACGCACGAGAUGGAUGUGCCAAAAGCGGGGGACACGGAGCACCUUCACCUCAUGCUGAUGCAGUUUGUUGCGCACGGCGAUGCCGCGAAAGUGCACGAGCUCGUCUCCAACACCAGCGUGAAUGUCAACGGCACCAACCCCGACGGCCGCACCGCCCUUCUCGAGGCAUUGGCGGCAGGGAGGGGAGACAUAGCCUCGUAUCUGCUGGCGCACGGCGCAGACCCAGCGGUGACGGACCACUUUGGCAACACGCCCAUGUCGGAGGCGGAGCGCCACAACCUGCAGCACAUCCUGGACCCGACAGGCACCAACUUCAAUAACGACAACUACAACAACGACGACAGCACCACCACCACCACCAGCAGCAGCAGCGUGGAUGAGGUGGACAGCACCAAUGGCGGUGAUGUCAGUGGUGACGGUGAUGGUGACGGCGAAGAAACUGCGAAAUGGUAGCACUUCUUCUUUCGUCUUGGCGUGUGCUGUUUUUGUUGUUGGCUACAUUGCUCGUUCGUUUGCGCGUUUGAAGGCAUGUAAAAGACCUCGGCAGAAAGGC